AAAUAUUCUUUGCAUCAUUUGAUAUGUAAUGCACCCAUUAGACCGUUCCGUCACCGGCCAAGCACGGAGCGUGCCAUGCACGUCCAGGUCAACAUUUGUCGGCCAGUAUAUUUUGUCUGUGACGGAACGCUCCUUGCAUGGCACGUGACGCCUGCAAACCCCGUUGUAACCGCGCAUGCACCGCGUUGGUAACCAGUUUAACCAGUUUAACCAGUUUGACACCAUUGUGGUAAAUUACGUAGUUAGUUGCUACUUGCUAGUUGUAGUAGUUGCUCUUUGUGUGCCUUUGUCAUUUGUGUGCGUUCAUUCGUUUUGCAUGAAAAUGAAUGACGAACUGUUGAUAGAAUGUGUUCGUAAAUACGAAUUCCUCUAUAAUCUACAACAUCCGAAGUACAUGGAUGUCACCAAGAAAGAUGUAGCAUGGAAGGAUAUAGAAGAUCAGAUGAAACAACCUGGUCCGGCCUGUAAACAAAGAUGGCAAAAUCUAAGGGACUCAUAUAGGAGAGCCUUGAAUAAGAGAAAAGUAAAAACGGGACAGGCAGCAACAAAAAUAAAAAAAUGGAAGUACGAAGAUGAGAUGUCUUUUGUUGCUCCAUUUUUUGCAGAAAAGAAAACUUUGGAUUCUGUUGAUAUAACAAGUGAUGAGGAUAACGGAGACCAUGAUGACCACACUGUGGUCGACCACACAUCCGAAACAGAAACAAAUGCAAUUAUUGAAACUGCGUCUGACGAUGUUGCUACUGAUGCCCAGACUGUUGAAAGUUCUGUGCAAAAUAGUAAGCCAGUUAAAAGAAGAUUUAAAAAUCGUACACCACAGUCAGCAUCAGCCGUAUUGAUGGCAAAAUUAUUAGACAGCCAAAACUCACUUGUACCUCAGAAAGAGCCUGACGAACUAGAUCGUUUUUUUUUAAAUAUUUCUGACACAGUGAAAAAGUUUUCUAAAUACCAACAAGCGCUGGUAAAGAACAAGGUUUUUUCUCUCGUUUCUGAAAUGGAAUUACAACUGCAUUCACCAGCUACCUAUGAUUAUUCCUACACCCCAUCGCCAGUAGAUGCAUCUUCCGGUACUACUACACCAAGCACUACACAUGGAGAAUUGAGCGCUACACAGUCUCAGGAGAAUUGGAAUAUUUAUCAGUAAAUUACUUUCCUAACUGUAUACAUAUAUCUCAAUAAACAAAUCAUGAAAUUAUUUCACUUAUAUGGGCUACUUAUUAAAAGUUAUUAAAAACACAAUGUAAAAAA